AUGCAGUUCUUCCGUCACUUAAUACUCUACUGGGAUCGUAGAAAUGUAAAAUUCGAGCAAUGGGGAGCUUUGCACUUAAUCGGUCACAGCCUUGGAGCUCACGUGGCCGGGCAAGCUAGUAAAAUGCUAAGACGAUUUGAGAACGUCACGGUCGAUCGAAUCACGGGCCUGGAUCCGGCCGAACCGUGCUUUGAAGUUCCUGGCUUUCCUCUGCGACUCUCGAAAACCGACGCGCGUUUUGUGGAUAUAAUUCAUACUGAUUCCGCGACAAGCAUCAACCAGGCUUUCGGAUUGCGCGAUCCCAUUGGCCAUGCAGACUUUUACGUUAACGGUGGGGUUCGACAGCCUGGAUGCGAACCAAAGACGAAACUUCAGGACUUUUUAGAUUACACUCAACUGAUUAAUCAUAUUUUGGCGAAUGGUCAAUGCAGCCACAAUCGGGCUUUUACAUUAUUCAUCGAAUCGGUGCAGCAGGCGACGCUCGGAAAUCAAUGCGUGUUUUACGCUUACCCCUGGCGAUUGAAUAGCAGUUACAAGGAGACGAAGGAGCUCAUCUCGAAGCCUUGCACGCGUCAGACGUGCUCCGAGAUGGGUAUAAACGCUGAGUUUUAUGAAUUCAAGACGAACAUACACUGUGGCCACCCUACUAAUAUGCUGAAUCAACAUAUAGAAGGACUUCAACAGUAA